AUGGGCAGCAGCAAACCCUCCCAGAGCAACAGACGAAAGCGCGGUCCUGGUCUCAGAGCCACCGUGUCCAAAAGAAAAGGGGCAGUGGAGACUAGUCAACCUGUUGUCACCAUGGAUUCUUCAAAUAUCAUCAAAAUCACUGUGAAGACCCUCAAGCAGAAGGAGCAGUUUGAGGUUGCUCAGAGCAGCACCAUCCAGGAGCUUAAGGAAGAAGUUGCCAAGCGUUUCAAAGCACCCCCUGAUCUGCUGGUCCUGAUAUUUGCUGGGAAAAUCCUCAAGGAUCAAGACACUUUGAGCCAGCACGGAGUUCACAGUGGAGUCAGCAUCCACGUGGUCAUCAGGUCCCAAAAGAAACCACAGGACAGCCUGGCAGAUCAAGGAAGAACGACCACCCUGAUGCCACCUCCCAGCCACAGCCUGGAUCUGAACACCAUCAACAACAAUGCAUUUUUGCUAGGGUUCCUCCUUGGGAUGACAGGUGCACAUCUCCUAGGCCUGGACUCAACAGACAUGUUGGACUUGGUGAGUAGCAUUCAAGAACAAGAUGUGUCCAUGCACAGCUUGAUAAGCGAGAUGGUGCAGAGCACCUUUGUGCAGAACGUCCUUGACAAUGCCGAUCUUGUCAGGGAUCUCAUCAUGUCCAACCCUCAGAUGCAGCAGCUGGCUGAAGAAAAUCCUGAGAUCAGUCAGAUUCUCACCAACCCACAUACUAUCAGAGAAAUAUUAGAGGCCUGCAGGAGUCCUGCUGUAAUGCAAGAGAUGAUAAGGAACCACGACGUGGCCAUGAACAACCUCGAAAGCAUCCCUGGUGGGUACACAGCUCUGGAGCAGCUGUACAGGGAAAUUGAGGAGCCCAUCUUGGAUAAUGUGCAGGCACAGCUGGGCAGCAACCCAUUUGCUUCCUUGGACAGUAACCCACCCCUGAGUGGAGCCAGGCUACCAGCCCAUACUGAAAACCGGAGGCCAUUACCCAACCCUUGGGAUCUGUGGUCCAACAGAGACAGUGAUAAUGCAGAUGACUAUGAUGGCCAAUUUGCCAGCAGCAGUGUGGGCAACCAUUUUGCCUUGCUGAGUUUGGGUCCUGCAGCAGGUACAGUGGUACCCAACUCGGGGGAGGUUCAGAGCAUGGUUCAGCAGCUAACAGGAAACCCAGAACUCAUGCACAACCUGGAGAGUGCAUUAAUGAACCCCAACAGCCCAGCACAAACACUGCUGAAUAGUGCUCAUAUAUCAAGCGAUGGAAAUUCUCCACCUCAAGAUCAACAGGCACAGCAGCUGCCACCGGCGAUGGAGAACGCUGAGAUUUCAUCCUUGCUGAGAAACCCCAGAGCGCUGCAGGCGUUGCUACAGGUCCAGCUGGGAUUACAAACCCUCUCAACAGAAAUACCAGAUUUUUUACUUAGUUUGGAGGACUCAAAUGUGGAUCUGGAAAGCAUGGAUGACUCGGCACAAAGCAGUGAGUCUGAGGAUGAUGCAAUUUUGGUGUCAGAUGAGGAUGAAGCAGAAGAUCAGGCGGAGAUGGAUGAGGAGGCGCCACAGACCAGAUUUAAGAGACAAAUGGAGCAGCUCAGUGCCAUGGGCUUCCAGGACCAAAGUGCAAACUUGCAGGCACUGAUUGAGGCAGAAGGAGACAUAAAUGCAGCAGUGGAAACACUGGCAAAAGCACCAUCAUCAAACAAGAUACCGUAA